GUGUAUAAAUGAGGCACAAGAUGAGUAGUGGAGGAGAGUUCACUGCGACUUGGAGCAAGCACCUGAAUAAAGAACAAGAAAGUUGCAAGAAUGAUUCGGAUGCUGCUGUCUGUGCUCCUGGUCCUGGUGACCAUCUCCGCCUCACUGGGAAAACCAGAGAAGCCCGUAACCAAGAAGCCAAAGCGGGUCCCCCAGACCCUGUCCAGGGGGUGGGGUGAUGAACUUAUUUGGACUCAGACUUAUGAGGAGGCCUUGUACAGAGCCAAAUCAAGCAACAAGCCCUUGAUGGUCAUCCUUCAUCUAGAAGAUUGCCCUCAUAGCCAGGCUUUGAAGAAGGUCUUUGCGAAUAACCAGGAGAUCCAGAAGAUAGCCGACGAGGAUUUCAUCUUGUUGAACCUCAUGUAUGAAACUACCGACAAGCACCUCUCUCCUGAUGGCCAGUAUGUUCCUAGAGUCCUUUUCGUGGACCCAACCCUUACCGUCAGGGCUGAUAUCACCGGCAGAUACUCGAAUCGCAUGUACGCAUACGAGCCGUCUGAUUUGGAGCUGUUGCUCAGCAACAUGAAGAAGGCCAAGAAACUGCUGAAGUCUGAGCUAUGACUUGUGGGGUUCUCUUCAUGACCUUUGACCCAUGACCUCUCUGACUUUGUCGUGUCUUAGAAAAGGAACUUCAGUGUCCUGCACUGUAUGAAAUGUUUGUUUACCGAAGUAAAAUAAAGCACUGAAAGUCUUUCUUUAGAGUCAAAGGAUAUUUCCAUUAAAGGAUGAUCUUAUUAUUGUUAUUUCUUCAGUUAAGAGUCUUAUGUAAUCAGCUCUUCCUCUUGUUUUUGUCUGUUUAAUAAAUGAUACUCUUCGGAAAAA